AUGAGCACGAAGAAUGGGAUCAGAAGCUCAGUUUCAAGCCCUUCGACUUUCAAAAACCUGGUCAAUAAAAAUGAGAGUGUUUUGAAGGUGUGGGUCAAGCUGGACACGCCAUUUUUGGCGCCAGACAUGGCGAACCAGGCCACGGCGAUUGAGUAUAAUAAGAGCGACACGGUGGACGACCUGAAGGACCGUAUCUUCGCAAAAUUCAAGAACACGCGAUGGGCGCUCGAGAACGACAAUUUUGGCAUCGGAAUUGGCAUUCUGUGCCCGUGUGGGCCCGAAAACGGAGCGUUGCAGACGCAGCACCCGCAGCUACAGGAUUCCCGAGCCUCAGGCAGCCGAAGAGAGCUCCCAAGAGAUUUGCUGAUGCACCCUGUACCGACAAGCUCGGCCAUCAACAACGUCCGCCCUAAUCUCGCAUCAAACGCUUCGAAAUCGUGGCAAACUUCGCGAACGUGCAGCCCUUAUGCGACAAGUUUGGACUCGCCUCUUUCCGCACAAGGUUCUAAGUUGCAAGUCUGCAGUCCAACUCUGACCCCAGUGGCACCGCUGCGGCGGGCCACCAAUCAUUCGGCAGCGGGCGCUGCCGAACCCUGUUCACUGUCUCCCGUAAAAAGAGGCUUGGCGAGCAGAUUGUCGCCGAAUCUGGGGUCCACCUCGGGUUUGGCAGCUAAGCCAGAUGAUCUGCCCCGCUCGGCGGUACAUCGAUCUAUUUUGGAGCCGGACGAACUUGUCAUAGACGUCUGCAUGACGCUUUUUGGUGGCACUGCAACUCAGAAACCAGCAGACGCUUUGCUAGUUUUCUCGAACGCCAGAGAAAUGCCUGUCUUCAGCGAUAUAAACGAUACAAUAGACGAACAAGAACCCCUGAUGGAGGAUAUGGCCGAUUAUCAACUAAUAGUGGAUGAGGAACAACUGCGAAAACUCAGCCUGUCCAACGACGAAGACAGUACUGAUCAUAAGCAGGCCAUCCUAUUGCUACCGCGUGGUUACGAGGGCGAUGUUAAUCUGCCGUCGCCUAAUAUGACAUCUCCAUCAUCAACAAUUGACACUCAUGGCGCUUUCGGUUUCGAAUCCCCCACCUUGAAAAGUGCCCAACUAGUAGAAGAAGAAGUCGGGCUGGUACCGUCUCGAGACCCUGUUGUGCAAAAAGAGGGCUCUCCAUUUCUUCGCACCGCAUUGGGGGCAGUUACUACAGACUCUAUCACCAUAGACAAGGUGUUCCCAAAGAUAAAUGUUCUGGUUGUCGAGGACAACAUGAUUAAUCAAGCCAUUUUAUCGUCUUUCCUGCGCAAGCACAAGAUUUCGUACAAGACCGCAAAGAACGGUAUUGAGGCCGUAGAGAAAUGGGAAGAGGGAGGUAUGCAUUUGAUACUUAUGGAUCUGGGUCUUCCGCUAUUAUCAGGUAUAGACGCUGCCAAAGAGAUCAGGAAACUAGAGAAAAUCUAUGGCAUUGGAACGCAAAAUCUGCAUUCUAAGACGGAUUGCGACCAGAGCUCCCAAAACGACAAAAACUUGGAACCCCGCAGAAGCCAUCGGUCAAAGGCCCCCGUGAUUAUCGUUGCGCUUACCGCCUCAAACUCUCAUUCCGACAAGACAGAAGCACUGUUAGCUGGAUGUAACGAUUACUUGACUAAACCUGUGAAUCUAGACUGGCUCGCGCGUAAAAUCACAGAGUGGGGGUGUAUGCAGGCCCUUAUCGACUUCAAUGAUUGGAAGGAGGGAAACGACCACAUACCGUCGUGCGAUGAUGGAGUUACCAAACCGCGUUCAUCCUCUAAUCUCUCUGAUACGAUAAGGAAGUCGAGCAGUCCUGAGACCUAA